UUCCCUCAAUGACAACCCCCUCCCAACCCAGCACUUGGACCCCCUCCCGCUCCUCCUCUGGCCCCUCCCUGAGCCCGCCCACGAUCUCCCACCCAUCUUGGGACCGCGUCAUAAGUAUCCCCAGACCUGGGCUUGCAGCAGCAGAAGGCAAACAAGGGAGAAAGUAGGUGCUGCUAGGGCUAGCGCGAGCUUCUCCUUUUCCAACCUGCAGCCCAGGACGCUGAUUCGAGCCGCGCCUUACCGCGCAGCCCGAAGAUUCACCAUGGUGAAAAUCGCCUUCAACACACCCACGGCGAUGCAAAAAGAGGAGGCACGGCAAGACGUGGAGGCCCUUGUAAGCCGCACCGUCCGAGCUCAGAUCCUGACCGGCAAGGAGCUUCGAGUUGCUACCCAGGAAAAAGAGGGCUCCUCUGGGAGAUGUAUGCUUACUCUCUUAGGCCUUUCAUUCAUCUUGGCAGGACUUAUUGUUGGUGGAGCCUGCAUUUACAAGUACUUCAUGCCCAAGAAUACCAUCUACCGUGGAGAAAUGUGUUUCUUUGAUUCUGAGGACCCAGCAAAUUCCCUUCAAGGAGGAGAGCCCUACUUCCUGCCUGUGACUGAGGAGGCUGACAUUAGAGAGGAUGACAACAUCGCCAUCAUUGAUGUUCCUGUUCCCAGUUUCUCUGAUAGUGACCCUGCAGCAAUUAUUCAUGACUUUGAAAAGGGCAUGACUGCUUACCUGGAUUUGCUGCUGGGGAACUGCUAUCUGAUGCCUCUCAAUACCUCCAUUGUUAUGCCUCCAAAAAAUCUGGUGGAGCUCUUUGGCAAACUGGCAAGUGGCAAAUACCUGCCUCACACUUACGUGGUCCGUGAAGACCUGGUUGCUGUGGAGGAGAUUCGUGAUGUUAGUAACCUUGGCAUCUUUAUUUACCAACUUUGCAACAACCGCAAGUCCUUCCGCCUUCGUCGAAGAGACCUCUUGCUGGGUUUCAAUAAACGUGCCAUUGAUAAGUGCUGGAAGAUUAGACAUUUCCCCAACGAAUUUAUUGUUGAGACCAAGAUCUGUCAAGAAUGAGAAGCAACAGAAAAAGAGUAUUCUUAGUAAUAAGAAGUCAGAGAUUUACAAUAUGACUUCAACAUUAAAUUGUAUGGGAUACUCAAGAUAUUUACUCAUGCAUUUACUCUAUUCUUUAUAGUAAAAUAAAGGGGGAAUAACCCUACUAACCACUGCAAGCUCUUGUCAAUUUUUCGUUUAAUUGGCAUUGCUUGUUUGAUACUGAAAUUCAAAAUAAUUCUUAUGUUUUUCUUAUGGAUUUAUAGGGUUUUAGAUUUCUGAAAACAGCAUGAAUUAUGUCAGCUAACAUCCUGACAAUAAAUUCCAUCCUUUGUGUUCUUUCUUAACUAAGCUCUUUACUCAGUCAUAAGGGAGAGCAUGUUUUAAAUUUAAAUAUUUAAAUUUGCUUUUGACCAUUUUCUGUAAAGCAUGUCAAAUCUCUCAUCAUUGUUAAGUUCUGUUUUUAUUUUGUGUAAUUUUCCUGAAUUUAGACAUUACAUCUUUGCAUUUCUGUUAGGUGUUCAAUAAUAGAUAUGACUUAUAAGUGAAAAAUUUUCAUAAAGAAGUCAUUUUCACUAAUGCAGUAAUUCUUUCUCACUAAUAUCUGUAUUGUGAAAUCCAUAAAAUUGUAGAAGUGCUGAAUGCUGUAAGAAAUUUAGGUUGUAUGAAUUCUACAACCCUAUAAUAAAUUUUAC